UGCGACGGUGCCGGGGGGGACGUGGGCACCCGCUGCUUCCUCCUGCUCGUCGGCAUCGGCUUUUUUGUGGCUCAGACUUUCCGCAAUAUCAUGCACAACCGGCUGAAGAAGGAGAUCGUUCUUGUCGAGGGCAGCCGUGUGUUUGAGUCCUGGAAGAACCCUCCCCCGCCUGUGUACAUGGAAUACUUCUUCUUCAAUAUCACCAACGUGGAUGAGGUCCUUCUUGGAGCCAAGCCAAAGGUCCAGCAGGUCGGACCUUACACGUACAGGGAGUACAGGUACAAGGACAAUGUGAGCAUGGUGGAAAAUGGCACAAUGGUGUCUGCGUACAACACAAAAAGCUUUGUGUUCUUGAGAGAGAAGUCGGUGGGAGAUCCAGCUGUGGAUAUCAUCACCACAGUCAACAUCCCUGGAUGGGCUGUCAUGAACAAGGUGAAAGGCAAUUUCUUCAAAUCGCUUAUGGUGAACGCUAUGGGGGUUGAGGUCUUCACCAACCGCACUGUACAGGGGCUGCUCUGGGGGUAUGAAGAUGCCUUGUUGACCAAGGUUUCUGCCAGUCAGCCUGAUGUGGAGACAACAUUUGGCCUCAUGUACAAGAAAAACGGAAGCAACGAUGGAGAGUUUGUCUACCACACCGGGGUGAACGACUACAUGGAUUAUGGCCGGGUCGAAACUUGGAAAGGCGAAAGCCAGCUGACCUUCUGGAAAUCUGACCACAGCAACAGCAUCAAUGGAUCAGAUGGAAGUGCUUUCCAUCCCCUGCUGGACAAGAAGGAACGCAUUUACAUCUUCACUCCAGAUCUGUGCAGGACGAUAUACAUGGACUUUGAGAAGGAUGUGAAAGUGAAAGGAAUCCCAGCGUACCGCUUCACGCCACCCCGCUCCGUUCUGGCCAGUAAAGUGGAGAACCCAGACAAUGCGGGCUUCUGCGUUACCCCCCAAGAGUGCCUGGGAACCGGUCUUCUGAAAGUCAGCCCCUGUCGGAAAGGUGCUCCCGUCGUGGCCUCCUUCCCUCAUUUCUAUCUGGGUGAGGACAAAUUUGCGGAAGCCAUUGAUGGAAUGUCUCCACAAAGAGAGCACCACCAAACCUUCCUGGACCUGAACCCAACGACCGGUAUAAUUGUUCGUGCCAACAAGAGAGCACAGAUUAACAUCCUACUCCAAAGGAUUACCGGAUUCCCGAAGACGAAAAACCUGAAGGAGACAAUCUUUCCUGUUAUGUUCCUGAACGAGAGUGUUGAGAUUGACGACAACUCUGCAGCGAGAGUGCAGAAGUUGCUGCUCAUCAGCAAUUUGGUUUCCAACUUCCCGCUCUUUAUCGUGGGUCUGGGCGUCAUCAUGCUGUUGAUCCUGAUCGUCCUCCUGGUGAAGGCUCGCAGACAGAAGAAUGAAGUUAAGACCAAGCCUCGAACCGCUCAGACGUCUGCUGAAGAUGACACCUCUUACUCUCCGGUCAGCAACAAGGACAAGGACGAUCCUCAGAAUGGUGCUUAUAUCGGUUUGACGUCCAAAUCUGAGCAGCAAGCUUGAGACGGAGUGCUUGAACCUCCAACCUCCAGAGUUACCACUGAGGCUUAUUAGGAUUUUUAAUCCACCAACAAAACAAUGUGUGAUUGACAAACCGUCUCUGAUUUGAGUGAGAUUGUGCGUUAAGAGGAGUGAAGAGAACAGUACUAUGUUCCAAAUAAACAUUUCUGUGUAAGAGUUACUCAUGGUAAGCUACCUGAAGUCCAGUCUGGGGUGAAGUAUUCCCAGAUCAGGGUGUGUGAAGGGUUACUAUUUGCUGUUUGUUUCCCGGGUUUUUUUUUAUUAUUAUUAUUUUACUUUCUGUCCCUGAAAAUGGCACCGAUGUGUCAUUGAUGUGGUUUUAACAAACAGAACAAACUCUUGACCUGGGUUGGACCAUUGAUCGUACAUAUGAGCUGGACAGAAGUGAUGAAGAUGUUAUUUAAUUAAAGUUAAUUCUCCCAGUUAGUUUCAGGUCUUCCUCUGUAAAGUACAGAGACCAUAAGAGUGUAAAUUAUCAUCACGUGACUAAAACAACCUACCGUAAAUACAAACUACAUCACUUCAAAAACCAGCGGUGCAUUUCCACUGCAACAACAACACAACCUGUCGCUAAGAGAACUCUGUCCUGGUUCUAUGUACGAUCCAUGUCUGUGAUUUAAAUUCAGUAUUACUUUGUUGCAUUUGCCUUUUAUCUUUCAUAUGUCGGAACAUUUUUAUUUACGUACCCACGUACGUAUUUACGUUUUUGGUUUUGUUUUUUGAUCACGUAACAACCAUAGUUUUUUGUAUGUAUAUACAGUGAGAUAUUUUCUCACUGUGGUGGACGACUGCAAACUUGAGAGAUUUGAAAAAAUUGAAAGAUUUUAAACACAGGUGUGGGGUUUUUUUUUCAAGAUUUUAUUCCUGUAAAUUUUAGUGUUACUGUCGGACAAAAUAUCUCAUAAAACAAUACUUUACAGCCAUAUAAAUCCCUGAAUGUGACAGGGUCUGUGGUAAAUAACAAACAGUAAUCGACUGUUAUAGUACCAUACUCAAACAAAAACCAAUAUAUAUGUAAUGGAGUUUUUUUUAAUCAUGUCACAAUGUGCUUUGAUGAUGCUGUUGUAAAAUGUUUUGUCUUCAGUUGGUGUCUAGUGCCGAAACACGACUUUGUUGUGUCAGUGUUAAAGUUGUUAAAGGGGUGAAGUAGCAUAGAAAAUGCUGUAGCUGUGCCUUUAAAACAAUCACUGUUACUGUCUUCUUCCUCGUUGCUUUUCCUGAAGAAGGCUGUUUAAGCACCAGCAGAUUCACUGCCAAGUGAAUAUCGCUUUCUUUUAACUUUACUCAGCUUUCUGUCCUAAAGCUGUGAAAUACAAGAUUUCAGGUGCCGUUUGAGGCAAAAAAAAAAAAAAAAGCUGCAUACUCAACACUCAGUUCAUACUGUGACCACGCCGGGUUUUAUUUAAUAAUUUUUAUGAAGGAGUUACUUCGGCUGCAAACAAUAGUGGAGAAGCUGUAACAUGUAUCACUUUAGAGAAUUGGACUUCAUUUUGUGAUUUUGCUUUUGUAUUUGAUGUAUUCUUUAACUCGGUCGAUAACAUUAACAAUAAUAGAGAGGAAUCGGAAUAGAAAAUAUUUUUGUGCAUAGAUUAGUGUCAUAAAUUCUUGCGAAGGUUGUAAGAAUCGGUCCAUUUUUUUAUCUAACAUUACUAAACACAGCAAUAUUACAAUGUUGUAAACACUGAUAAUUUUAUCACACAGAAAUAAACCAAAAACACAAAAAAAAAUGUGAAAUAUGCA